CUCCCUACGUAGCGUUCUUUCUGUGGUGCCGCGGCGCCCGAAGCGCCAGCGUCUCCGUGGGGCCGUGGGACGUGGCCGCAGCCGGCAUGGAGACCUUGUACCGAGUGCCCUUCGUGGUCCUAGAAUGUCCCAAUCUGAAGCUGAAGAAGCCGCCCUGGGCCCACAUGCCGUCGGCCAUGACGGUGUACGCUCUGGUGGUGGUGUCUUAUUUCCUCAUCACGGGAGGAAUAAUUUAUGAUGUCAUUGUGGAACCUCCCAGUGUUGGAUCUAUGACAGAUGAACAUGGACAUCAGAGACCAGUUGCCUUCUUGGCAUAUAGAGUAAAUGGACAAUAUAUUAUGGAAGGACUUGCAUCCAGUUUCCUGUUUACAAUGGGAGGUUUAGGUUUCAUAAUCCUAGACCGAUCCAAUGCACCAAAUAUUCCCAAGCUCAAUAGGUUUCUCCUUCUAUUCAUUGGUUUCGUCAGUGUCCUCUUGAGUUUCUUCAUGGCGAGAGUGUUCAUGAGAAUGAAGCUGCCGGGCUAUCUACUGGGUUAGACUUCCUUUUGUGAAGACUCGAUAAUAACUGGAUUUGCUCCUUUUAAAGACAUUUCAAAGGCCAUUCUGCUCUCCAGAAAAAAAUUUGGAACAUGGAUUGUCUGUGACUCAGAAUGACAUAAGGAAAGGUCUGAUGAAAAAUUAAAAAAAAAUUUGUCCAUGUUUUGGGAAAGAAUCCUCUUGGUUCCAUUGACAUGAUUUCCUUAUAAUAAUAGUAUUAACACCAUUAUUUUUCUAGAUUGACCCACCACUCAUGAAUCAAAUGUGGUGAUCUUUGUUCCUCUUUGUUCCUUCCCUCCUCCCACCUGCCAUUUUUAAGAGAAACUAUUUCCCUUUGUAUAAUGAAAGUAUUUGAAUAAAGUAUUUCAUUAUUUCCUAAAAGCCCAAUUAUAAAUUUCACUAACGGCACUUCUGGUGAAGAUGUACACAAGUAAAUUCAGGGAGCUGGAGCCUCCAGGCUGAUAAUUCUUUCCAAUGGAUCAGCUUUUCCUUGACCCUUUGUUAUUUUAAGUGUAGCUUUCAGAGUCCAAUUUUAUGUGUCUUUGUCCCCUAAAUUACAAUAAGAUGUAUGGAAGGAGCCACAAUAAAUCAUUUUUCUAUUGAA